CAUCAUUGGUGUCAGUGGGAGGAAUAGUGCCCCAUUGUUGGUGUCAGUGGGAGGAAUAGUGCCCCAUCAUUGAUGUCAGUGGGAGGAAUAGGGCCCCAUCGUUGGUCAGCAAGUCUCAGUGGGAGGAAUAGUGCCCCAUCAUUGGUGUCACUGAUACCAAUGAUGGGGCACUAUUCCUCCCACUGAUACCAACGAUGGGGCACUAUUCCUCCCACUGAUACCAACGAUGGGGCACUAUUCCUCCCUCCCACUGACACCAACGAUGGGGCACUAUUCCCCC